UCAUGGCUACUCCUUUUUGGUUCAUGCACCUUUACUCAUAAGCAUUCUCCUUUUAUUUCAUCUUCACACUAUGAGUCAGGCUUUUGUAAUUUGUGAAAUUACCUUGUGAACUACUACUCUUAACGAAAAAUAAAUUAAAAAAAUAAACAGAGUGGUCUGUAUCAUUGCGUAUUAUUUAGAAUAUAAAAACAUAGGAGUAGGUCACAACUUGUCAUAUAUAUGCACAUAUAGCACUGACAAUUCCAUGCUGUGCUCAAAAGGAACACUUCUCAUAGUGUGGUAUCCCUUUUAGCCCAUCUUUCAUUCUAAUAUUUCUAUAUAUCCUCUUGUUUUUUUAUUUUUACCUUACAAAAACAAAUCAUGGAUUUACAAAAUAUUGCUCACUCACUAGAACUUGGAUUCUCCAAUAGCAAUAUUGAAAUGAUACCUUUACAAUCACCACUCCAUAACUCCAAUUACUUAAUGAAUUCUCCUCCAUCUAAUUUCUCAUUCAUGGGCAAUCCAAUUGAAGAGCCAGCCGCGAUGCCAAUACUCUCAUCGAUCGAUGAAAUUAUAGCAUCGACUCAUGGUAAUGGAAAUGAUUACUCAUGUUUGCAGAGGAGGAAUUCUAUGGAGGCUAUGAGGGAGAUGAUUUUUCGUAUCGCGAUGAUGCAACCAAUUCACAUUGAUCCAGAAUCAGUUAAACCUCCCAAGAGGAAAAAUGUUAAGAUAUCGAAGGAUCCACAGAGUGUGGCAGCCAGGCAUCGGAGGGAACGAAUAAGCGAAAGGAUAAGGAUUUUGCAAAGACUAGUCCCUGGAGGAACUAAAAUGGAUACUGCUUCAAUGUUAGAUGAGGCUGUCCAUUAUGUUAAGUUUUUAAAGAAGCAACUUCAAUCACUAGAGCAAGCCGCGGUUAAUAAUAGGCCGAUGAUUUCUGGAUUUUCAACAGCAAUGUCAUCACCAGGGGGGCCAAUGAAUUAUAAUUCAAGCUCUAUUAGGGCAUGCCAGCCUCAUCAAUCCAUGAACUCUGGUGCACAAAUGCUUAGUUAAAAUAAAAUGAAAAUAACAUUUGUUAAAGAAUGACAAAAGUCUCACAUCAGUGGUUAAUGAGAUGGAUAGACUUCUUAUAAGGGUUGGACAAUCCUCCUCCCUUUGAGCUAGCUUUUGGGGUGUGAGUUAGGCCUAAGACCUAAUUUCACAGUUUCUACGCAGCGUCCUGAUCAUUACCAUGCUAAUGAGUAAUGACUACUUUUUGUAAAGAUUUGGUUAAAUGGUGUGUAUUUUCCAGCCUCAUUCUUCAAUCCCAAAGGCUAGUCUUAGGUUUCUCAA